GAGGAGCCUGCAAACAUAUAAGAGCAGCAUUGAUAUUCAUAAAUGAUCCGGAACGAAAAGAAAAGUUUAAGCUACCGGACGUGAAAUUACCAACUUUCGAAGAAAUUGUCACGGUACAUGAUAUUGAUCAUGUUAUCUUUGAUGAAGAGGGUUCGGAAGGUUCGUGUGAUGGGGACAGCAGUAUUGAGACCGAGUUUGAUGAAGAUUCAGAUCUGCAACAAUAUUAUCUCAAAAAAAUAAAUCAUGUCGAAUUAGUAAAAGUUUAUGGCAAAGAAAUUUGUGAAUCUGACAAAGCAGAAUCACGAUACGUUAAUAAUCCUACCCAAGACUUGUAUCUUUCCUCCUUUGCCGAUAUCAACCAUCUUUCAAUUUGGCAGCAUGAAUAUAUUGCUACCAGGAUGUCCAUUACGGGUUUUAUUAAUGAUGGGCGGAACAUUCUGAAAAAUUUAGAACAACUGGCAGGCAAUUUAUCCGAGCUCACGAAAGAUGAUGAUAGAAAAAACAUUAAUAACCUUUUACAAUUAUUUCACGAUCUUUCUCAAACAGAAUCAAUGCGGCAAAUUAGUGAAAUCAUAUCAUCGUAUAAACCAGUGACAAGAGAAAUGCCUAGAGAACGCAAACGAAGUUCACCUCAAUGCGAAGCUCUUCCGCCUUCUCCUGAAAAAAAAAUGAACCGGUAUACAUCUUAUUCGAUAAUAUAG